UCUAAAAUGUCAGUGAAGACAUUCUUCAGAGCAUAUUUGAGGAAACCAACCCAUAAAACCAUUUAUAAGGAUGAAACCAUCAAAGAGACUUUGUGUGAAAUAUUGUGGUUUUUAGUUCUCCUCAUAACAGUUAACAUUUUGGCAUUUUCAAGACGCCUCGUUCUCAUGUAUUAUUUUACGAAUACUAUUGAUAGGCUUUUCAUGAACAGAGGUUUUCUUACAACCGGUGAAAUUGAAUUGAAUUAUCAUGAAAUCGUCACCAUCGACGACUGGUGGAAUUAUAUGCAGAAUCCAUUCAUGUAUGCAAUAUAUUCUGAAGGCACUUCGCAUGAGGAUUUACAAACAAAAAAAGCUAAUCUGACAGAUAAGAAGCAACUCGAAGGAGAAAAUCUCUAUCUUCUCCGAAGUAGUAUUUUUCUAGGACCGCCUAGAAUUCGUCAGCUCAAAGUGCGCAAUGACUCCUGUCCGAUUCAUCCUGCAUUUAAACGCUAUUUCCAGCAAUGUUUUGACAAAUAUUCUUACUGGAAUGAACUCCGAAUUAAGGGCGAAAUUGAUAACGUGGGUGAUUUCGCAUGGGGGCAAUUAUCAUUUUAUAGAGGUGGCGGAUAUACGAAAUACAUGAAGGUGGGCAAAGAAGCAAAUGAAAACCUCCUGGAACAGCUGAAAAACACUCAGUGGAUAGAGCUCGGGACGCGGUUCAUUGCUGUGGAAUUUAAUUUGUACAAUGCAAAUUCCAAUUUAUUCUGCAUGGUCAAAUUAUUUGCUGAACUUCCUUCUAUUGGCGGAGUAAUAACAUCAAGCUCGAUUCGCACUUUUCAAAUGCUCGAUACUAAAUCCGCAUAUGAUAUUUUUAUUAUUGUGGUAAAAAUAUUAUUUCUUCUGCAAAUUAUCAUAUUUACAAUUAGGGAGGCUGCACUUCUCUAUGAAAUGGGAUGCAAGUAUUUUUUGCGUUUUUGGAACUGGAUAACAUUCAUAUUACUAUUGAUGGGCUACUUCAUUCUCAUUUUUACUACAAUUCGCCAUUUCUGGAUGCUCGAAAUAAUCGAUCAAUACAACAAAGCCCCAAAUCAAUACAUCGAUAUGGAUCAUAUAAUAUUAGCGCAAUAUUAUGUAUCCAACGUUAUGGGGAUAUGCGUCUUCCUAGUUUGGAUUCAAAUAUUCAAGUAUAUGGCGUUUAAUAAAACUAUGUUGCAAUUUACGCUCACUUUACGAAGAUGCGCUGGUGAUCUAUUCGGGUUUGCUGUAAUGUUCUUCAUCGUAUUUCUGGCCUUUGCCCAGCUUGGCUAUUUGCUCUUUGGAACAGUGAACCCAGAUUUCAGAACCUUGACAGACUCCAUUUUCACAAUGAUGCGAACUAUUUUGGGAGAUUUCCAAUAUCUGGCUAUAGAGCAGGCCAAUAGGAUAUUAGGACCAAUGUUCUUCAUAGCAUACAUAUUUUUCGUGUUUUUCGUAUUACUGAAUAUGUUCCUGGCAAUAAUAAAUGAUACAUAUUCCGAGGUGAAGAGUGAAACGUUUGGGGAUGACAUUCAGAUUUGCAAUUUUUUGAAGAAAAUGUUAGCCAAAUUCUGUAAAUGUUUAUGCUGUGGAAGAUCACCGUAUAAAUAUGAAGAACCAUCUCCAAAGGCCUCCGAAGAAUUACCAGUCGAAUCAGCGGCGAGUUCGAAAACAGGCUCAAAUUCUAGAUUGUUAAACGAAACCAAAACACAAACGGAAAAUAGGAGUGAAUUUCCUACACAACCCCAGAGGAAAAUCGUGGUGCGUCGGAGAGAUCUUAUUCCAAAGUUGUUUAAAGAAAUAGCUCCAGAUGAGUGGACUGCAGCAAGGAAUAUUCCAAAUAUUGAACCUAUUCAAACACAAUUAGAUGACGUUGAAGGACGGCUGCAUAAUUUGGAAAUGCUCAUGGAUAAUUUUAUUAGUCGUAUGGAUACUCUCAUCAACCGACUGGAUACGUACGAUUCGGAAGGUGAAACUCGGAACCUCUAGUUCGGUUAUUUCACAGAAAGUAAUAUAAUUUUAUUGAUUCAUAACAAAAAAGUUAUAAAGUUUUAUAAUCAAAAUAGUUAUAACUUGUUAAAAUCUUGAAUAUCCUUCCUCCUUAGUCUUUGACCCAUUCAGUAAUAGGGUCGA